AUGGACGUCUCGUCACUCUCCGCUCUCUUGCGCUCAUCGCCAUUCCUCCUCCUCCUCGCCGUGCUCGUGCCAAUCUUCUCCUCCUUGUUCCUCUUCUCUGCCAGGAAGAAGCUUUCUCCGUCGUGCACCGAUGGCGGCCGGCGGCUGCCUCCGUCGCCGCCGGGGUUUCCCGUCCUCGGCCACCUGCCCCUUCUUGGCUCCCUGCCGCAUCGGAAGCUCCGGUCGCUGGCCGAGGCGCACGGCCCGGUCAUGCUCCUGCACCUCGGCCGCGUGCCCACCGUCGUGGCCUCCUCGGCCGCCGCGGCGCAGGAGGUCAUGAAGACCCGCGACCUGGCCUUCGCGAGCCGCGCCCAGAUACGCAUGGCCGAGCGGCUCCUCUACGGCCGCGACAUGGUGCUGGCGCCCUACGGCGAGUACUGGCGCCAGGCGCGCCGCGUCUGCGUUGUCCACCUCCUCAACCACCGCCGCAUCCUGUCCUUCCGCCGCGUCCGGGAGCAGGAGGUCGCCGCCCUGCUCGACGCCGUCCGCCGCCGCUCGCUUCACCCGCCGGGCGUGCUGAACCUCAGCGACAUGCUCACCUCCUACUCCAACGCCGUCAUCAAGCGGGCCGCGUUCGGCGACGGGGAGUACGGGAUCGACGGCGACGACGGGGGCGAGAAACUGAGGAAGGUGCUCGACGACUUCGAGGAGCUGCUGGGGACGCCCACGGUGGGGGAGUUCGUGCCGUGGCUGGCAUGGGUGGACACGCUCACAGGGCUGAAUGCCAGGGUGACGCGCACGUUCGAGGCGCUCGACGGGUUGCUCGAGCGGGUCAUCGCGGACCACCGCAAGCGGCGUCUGGCCGGCGGGCCGGUGGUGGGCGGCGGCGAGGACGAUCGGCGGGACUUCGUGGACGUGCUGUUGGACGUGAGCGAGACGGGAGAGGAGGCCGGCGGAGUCCGGUUCGACGUGGUCAGCAUCAAGGCCAUUAUGCUGGAUAUGUUCGCCGCCGCGACAGACACAACCUACACGACAAUGGAGUGGACCAUGGCGGAGCUCAUCAACCACCCGCGCGUAAUGCAGAAGCUCCAGGACGAGAUCCGCGCGGCCGUCAAUGGCGGCAGCGGCGUCACCGAGGAUCACCUCGGCACGCUGCGCUACCUGAGGGCCGUGAUCAGGGAGACGCUCCGGCUGCACGCGCCCCUGCCGCUCCUCUUGCCCCGGGAGACGAUGGAGGACACGGAGCUGCUGGGCUACCGCGUCCCGGCACGGACGCGCGUGGUGAUCAACGCCUGGGCCAUCGGCCGGGACCCGGCGACGUGGGAGCGCGCCGAGGAGUUCGUGCCGGAGCGGUUCGUGGACGACCCGGCGGAGUAUGGGGCGGGCCAUGACGACUUCAGGGCCGUGCCGUUCGGCGCUGGGAGGAGGGGGUGCCCCGGGGUCGGGUUCGCCGUGCCGUCCAUGGAGCUGGCGCUGGCGGGCCUGCUGUACCAUUUCGACUGGGAGCUGCCGGCGGCGGCCGGCGGGGCAGUGUCAAAGCUGGACUUGAGCGAGCUGUUUGGGAUAUCUGUGCGACUCAAGACGGCGCUGCAUGUGGUUGCUAAGCCGUCGUCUGCUUAA